AUGAUAACAAAGUUUUCGAUUUCUGUGAAAGAAAUCCCCAUAAAGUUUUUAAUUAUAAAUAGAAAUGGAUGUUUCAAAGGAAAAAAAACCAAAUCAUCAUCAUCAUCAUCAUCAUCAUCAUCAUCAUCAUCAUCAUCAUCAUCAUCAUCAUCAUCAUCAUCAUCAUCAUCAUCAUCAUCAUCAUCAUCAUCAUCAUCAUCAUCAUCAUCAUCAUCAUCAUCAUCAUCAUCAUCAUCAUCAUCAUCAUCAUCAUCAUCAUCAUCAUCAUCAUCAUCAUCAUCAUCAUCAUCAUCAUCAUCAUCAUCAUCAUCAUCAUCAUCAUCAUCAUCAUCAUCAUCAUCAUCAUCAUCAUCAUCAUCAUCAUCAUCAUCAUCAUCAUCAUCAUCAUCAUCAUCAUCAUCAUCAUCAUCAUCAUCAUCAUCAUCAUCAUCAUCAUCAUCAUCAUCAUCAUCAUCAUCAUCAUCAUCAUCAUCAUCAUCAUCAUCAUCAUCAUCAUCAUCAUCAUCAUCAUCAUCAUCAUCAUCAUCAUCAUCAUCAUCAUCAUCAUCAUCAUCAUCAUCAUCAUCAUCAUCAUCAUCAUCAUCAUCAUCAUCAUCAUCAUCAUCAUCAUCAUCAUCAUCAUCAUCAUCAUCAUCAUCAUCAUCAUCAUCAUCAUCAUCAUCAUCAUCAUCAUCAUCAUCAUCAUCAUCAUCAUCAUCAUCAUCAUCAUCAUCAUCAUCAUCAUCAUCAUCAUCAUCAUCAUCAUCAUCAUCAUCAUCAUCAUCAUCAUCAUCAUCAUCAUCAUCAUCAUCAUCAUCAUCAUCAUCAUCAUCAUCAUCAUCAUCAUCAUCAUCAUCAUCAUCAUCAUCAUCAUCAUCAUCAUCAUCAUCAUCAUCAUCAUCAUCAUCAUCAUCAUCAUCAUCAUCAUCAUCAUCAUCAUCAUCAUCAUCAUCAUCAUCAUCAUCAUCAUCAUCAUCAUCAUCAUCAUCAUCAUCAUCAUCAUCAUCAUCAUCAUCAUCAUCAUCAUCAUCAUCAUCAUCAUCAUCAUCAUCAUCAUCAUCAUCAUCAUCAUCAUCAUCAUCAUCAUCAUCAUCAUCAUCAUCAUCAUCAUCAUCAUCAUCAUCAUCAUCAUCAUCAUCAUCAUCAUCAUCAUCAUCAUCAUCAUCAUCAUCAUCAUCAUCAUCAUCAUCAUCAUCAUCAUCAUCAUCAUCAUCAUCAUCAUCAUCAUCAUCAUCAUCAUCAUCAUCAUCAUCAUCAUCAUCAUCAUCAUCAUCAUCAUCAUCAUCAUCAUCAUCAUCAUCAUCAUCAUCAUCAUCAUCAUCAUCAUCAUCAUCAUCAUCAUCAUCAUCAUCAUCAUCAUCAUCAUCAUCAUCAUCAUCAUCAUCAUCAUCAUCAUCAUCAUCAUCAUCAUCAUCAUCAUCAUCAUCAUCAUCAUCAUCAUCAUCAUCAUCAUCAUCAUCAUCAUCAUCAUCAUCAUCAUCAUCAUCAUCAUCAUCAUCAUCAUCAUCAUCAUCAUCAUCAUCAUCAUCAUCAUCAUCAUCAUCAUCAUCAUCAUCAUCAUCAUCAUCAUCAUCAUCAUCAUCAUCAUCAUCAUCAUCAUCAUCAUCAUCAUCAUCAUCAUCAUCAUCAUCAUCAUCAUCAUCAUCAUCAUCAUCAUCAUCAUCAUCAUCAUCAUCAUCAUCAUCAUCAUCAUCAUCAUCAUCAUCAUCAUCAUCAUCAUCAUCAUCAUCAUCAUCAUCAUAA